AUGGAACCCUUCCCAAGUGAUGUCAGUCGCGAGAUAUUCUCGAGAUUGCCGGUCAAGUCAGUUGCUAGGUUUCGUAGCUUGUCGAAGCUGUGGGGUUCCACACUUUGCAGUCCAGAUUUCACAGAGUUGUUCCAGACUAGGUCUCGCGCUCGUCCCCGACUCUUAUUCGCGGUCGAACGGUACUGUAAGUGGAGCUUCUUCUCGUCGCCUCAGCCUCAGUAUCCAUAUGACAAGUCCUCUUCUUCCUCCGCCGAUUUCCAUAGCAAGUUCUCUGGAGACAUAAGCCGAUACAUGUGUAGCUAUGCAUCUGGUCUUGUCUACUUCCCUGAUAUGUGGAUUCCAAAAGAGGAUAGUGAUGGUGGUGGAUAUUCACCGCAGCCUGUGAUAUGUAACCCUAUCACGGGUAAGUAUCAGAGCUUACCUGCGCCUGUGGACAGGUACAGGAAGACGAGAGACUUCUUAGGGUUUGAUCCCAUUGACAAGCAAUUCAAGGCAUUGUCCGAGGCUUAUCCAAGUUUUGAUGAUAGCGAUCAUCAUCAGAUUCUGACACUGGGAAGAACCGGAGAUGUUCUGAGCUGGACAAGGAACAAGCAUUGUCCUUUAUACGGCAGGUCUUUGUCUCAAGGGAUAUGCAUCAAUGGGGUUAUCUAUUACUUAGCUUAUAACAUUGGGGGUUUGCCUCGUGUUAUAGUUUGCUUUGAUGUUAGGUCUGAGGAAUUCAAGCUCAUCGAGGCAGAUUGCUUCUCUGGUGAAGACACUAUCAAACUGAUAAGCUACAAUGGCAAAUUAGGUGGGGUUAACUGGAACUAUGAUAUAGCUGAUGGUGGAAGACGCAUCCUUGAGCUGUGUGUGUGGGUUCUUGAGGAUGUUGAGAAACCAGAGUGGUUGAAAUCUGUCUACACUUUGUCUGAGGAUAAGAUCGUUGAUACCUGUAACUUCUCCGUCGCUGGAAUGACCGGAACAGGUGAGAUUGUUUUGUGUAUGGACUACACAUCCAAACCGUUCUAUGUCUUCUACUUCCAUCCGGAGAAGAACACUCUCAGAUGUGUUGAAAUCCGAGGCUUUGGAGCUGACCUUGAAGCGAUUGAGAAACGUGGUAGAGUUCAUGUCUUUGUAGAUCAUAUAGAGGAUCUGAAUAUUAACGAUGCAAAGCAGUUCAAGACUUGAUGACAAGCAAGUGGGAUGGGUGAAUGAAGCUUCCUUUGAUCUU